CGCUUUCCGUUACAAGCUGAUAUAUAGCGCAAGCAACGGUCAGGCUGACCAGAAGCCCUCCUGCCGGUGGAAGGGAUAGUGGUGUACAGCGUGGUGGUGUUGCGAAGGUGUCGGAGGGAAGUUCCAGGGCCUUUCUUGCGAGUCUGAUUUCGACAACUCAUAACCCACCGCCACUAUGCCCGGCCACGUCGUGAAGAGCACGGGUCCCGACCCCGACCCCACCGAGUUCCUGUUCAUCUCGGCUGAACAGCGAAUGCUCGACCAGACCAAGCCUUACGAUCCCAAGAAGUCUUGCUGGGUCCCUGACGAUAAGGAGGGCUUCGUUGAGGGCUUGAUCCAGGGCGCCAAGGGUGACAAACUAGUCAGCGUCCAACUGAAGAGCGGUGAGGUCAAGGACUUCAAGACGGAAACUGUGGUUCAGGUCAACCCUCCCAAGUAUGAAAAGUGCGAAGAUGUGUCCAACUUGACCUUCCUCAACGAUGCUUUGUCCUGUACAACUUGAAGAGCCGUUACCAGGCCAAGCUGAUCUACACCUACUCUGGCCUCUUCUGCAUCGCCAUCAACCCCUACAAGCGUUACCCCAUCUACACCAACCGCACCGUCAAGAUCUACCAGGGCAAGAGGCGCAAUGAGGUGCCUCCCAUCUUCGCCAUCUCC